AUGAAUAAAAUAAUUCUCAUUGUACUUUUAUUAUCAAUUGCCACCUCGGGAGCAUUUUGUUCAAUUUUCAAUACCAAAUGUAAACAAGUUUGUAAAGAAAGUUACCAAUUAUGUGUUGCCGGUUUUGACUCACCAGAUAUCUCAGUGCAAAUCGAAGCUUGUUCAGAAGUAUUGGAUAAAUGUUUUUAUAACUGUAUCCAUCCUUAUAUAGUUGUUUUCCCAAGUAAAUCACCUGCAGCUCAUAAUUAA